AUGUCUCAACAACAACAGCAAAAUUAUCAACAAAUUCCUGAUGAACAAUUUCAAAAUUUCGGUCUGCAGUCUCAACAGCAACAAAUUUAUGAUCAAAAACCUCAACAAAUACUUCAGCAACAACAAAAUUUCAAUCAACAAAUUGGUCAACGAAAUUAUGAUCAACCACCACUGCAACCUUAUGUCCAACGCAUUCAGAAUCCAGUUGAACAACAGCAACUUCGACAACAUGCCCGACAACAACAGUUUCAACAAACCCAAAAUCUUGAUCAAAGUAUUAUGCCUUUUGAUAAUUCAUCAUCGAUUAUUACAACAAAUUUACCAUUUAAAAAAAUAACUGAUAACGAUAAUGACUUGUUUAGAGUACAAUCUUUACCACAACCACCACCACAACAUUACCAUCAAUUAGUUUAUAUUGAAGAGGACUCGCCCAGAUCAUCUUCACCUUCAAUCAAUAAUGGUCACCAUCAACAUUAUAAUUUAAAUCUCAAUCCUAACUUUAACGAAGACCCUUUAAUUGCUAUUUCACAUCAUAUGUUGAUGAUUAAAAAUUAUAAGAUGAAGAUCGAUCAGCAUUAUUUUGAACUAGAACAAAAUUUCAACAAGUUAAGACGUGGAAAUAAUAAAUAA